AUGAAAGAGAUUAUAUGUCUUCAUAUCGGUCAAGCAGGUUGUCAGAUAGGUCAUGCUUGUUGGGAAUUAUUUUGUCUUGAACACGGUAUACAACCGGAUGGAUCCUUAUGUUCGUCGAACGACGAUAAUCAAUCCUUACUGACAUUUUUUGAAGCUGUGGGAUAUAGAUACACACCACGAAUGUUGUAUAUUGAUUUAGAAUCGACAGUUUUAGAUGAAGUUCGUUCGGGUUCGUAUCGACAAUUGUUUCAUCCGGACAGAAUCAUUUCUGGAAAAGAGGAUGCAGCAUCGAAUUAUGCUCGUGGUUAUUUCACGAUUGGGAGAGAAUUAGUUGAUGGCGUUCAAGAACAGAUACGUCGCCUCGUGAAUCAAUGCCAUUCAUUACAAGGAUUUGUGGUAUUUCAUAGUUUUGGUGGUGGAACUGGUUCUGGUUUCACAUCUCUUCUCAUGGAGCAUUUACAUAACGACUACGGAAAGAAGACACGUCUCGAAUUUGCGAUCUUUCCAUCGCCAAAGUUGUCAACUGUUAUCACCGAACCGUACAAUACUGUUUUGAAUACUCAUACGGGUUUGGAACAUGCGGACUGUGUUUUUAUUGUUGACAAUGAAGCACUCUGGGAUAUAUGCACCCGCUCUUUGAAUCUUUCAAGAGGAAAUUUUGUCAAUAUCAAUCGAUUAAUUGCACAGGUUAUCUCAAGUAUCACAGCCGGUAGUCGUUUCAAAGAUGGUACUACAGCUGAUUUUAUCGAAUUUCAAACAAACCUUGUUCCAUUUCCACGCAUUCACUUUCCUCUUGUAAGCUAUGCACCAUUGUGUUCGGCCGAGAAAGCUUACCACGAACAAAAUGACACACAAUCUAUAACACAAGAUUUGUUCCAUCGAAACAAUCAAAUGGUCAAAGUAGAACCAUCGCAAGGCAAAUAUAUGUCAGUUACGAUUAUUUACCGAGGCGCAGUCUCGCCCAUCGAUAUCAACAAUACAAUCAGUAAAUUAAAACGUGAUAGAAGAAUAUCGUUUGUUGACUGGUAA